UUGGACACUGAACAAGUAGAGCACAGCACAGAACACUGCAAGCCAGCCUCUCUCUUACAAAUCAAGAAGAAGCUCUUAUAAGGAAAAUGGAUCAGUUUUUUAUUAUUAUUUCCGUGUGUUUUGUGGUCCUCUCUCAAAUCUAAAAAAAGAUUUUCAACCAUCCUCCCUCUCUAUCUGUCUAUAAAGAAUGAAGAUAUCUGAAUACUCUUUGUCUCUCUCUCUUUGUGAAGAUCUGUGUUUUCAGGCAAGGUUAGGAAUUUUGACCGCUCCAAGAAGCAAGCUUUGAUGCCAGCCUCAGUCAUCACUGGAAGACGCAGAUCUAAGGAAAAAAAAGAAGAAGAAGAUCUUUGAUGCAAAACGUUUUCCUGAGGGUUUUAUUUUUGGGACAGCAGCCGCAGCUUAUCAGUAUGAAGGUGCAGCAAAAGAAGAUGGUAAAGGACCAAGUAUAUGGGACACUUACACUCAUGAACAUCCAGAAAGAUAUUCGGAUUAUGAAUAAGAUGAAUUUAGAUGCAUACAGAUUCUCAAUCUCAUGGUCUCGAGUACUACCAAAAGGAAAACUAAGUGGCAGUGUGAAUCGAAAAGGAAUCGAGUAUUACAACAAGCUCAUCAAUAGGCUUCUUAGUAGAGGUAUAAAACCCUUUGUAACAAUCUACCAUUGGGAUCUUCCCCAAGCCUUAGAUGAUGAGUAUGGUGGUUUCCUAAGUCCAAAAAUUGUUGAUGAUUUCCGGGACUAUGCGGAACUUCUCUUCAAGGAAUUUGGUGAUCGGGUAAAGCAUUGGAUCACUCUAAAUGAGCCGUGGAGCUUUAGCAGUGGUGGUUAUGCAGAAAAAUCGUUAGCGCCAGGUCGAUGCUCUACUUGGCAAAAUCUAAAUUGCACUGGUGGGGAUUCAGGGAUAGAGCCAUAUUUGGUGACACACCACGAGCUGCUUUCUCAUGCAGCCGCUGUUGAAGUGUACAAGAAAAAAUAUCAGGCAACACAGAAAGGAGUGAUAGGGAUAACGCUAAUAAGUCACUGGUUUGUGCCGUUCUCUAAUGCAGAGAGAGACCAGAGGGCUGCGCAACGUGGCCUUGAUUUCAUGUUAGGAUGGUUUAUGGACCCAUUGACAAAUGGUGACUAUCCACAGAGCAUGAGAUUUCUCGUCAAAGAUAGAUUACCCAAGUUCACCAAAAAGCAAUCCAAACAGUUAAACGGGUCAUUUGAUUUUAUAGGAUUAAACUACUAUACUGCUAAGUAUGCAGCUUAUGCCCCUCAACCAAAUGGUGAUAGAGCAAGUUACUUGACAGAUGCUAGUGCUAAUCUUACUACCUCACGGAAUGGGAUCCUCAUUGGUCCACCGGCUGCUUCAAAUUGGCUUUAUGUUUAUCCUAGAGGAUUUCGAGAUCUUUUGCUCUACGUACAGAAGAAAUACCACAAUCCACUAAUUUACAUCACCGAGAAUGGAUAUGAUGAGUUCAAUAAUGCCACCUUGUCGCUCAAGGAAGCCCUUGCUGAUUCCAUACGAAUUGACUAUCAUGAUAAACAUUUUGUGUAUCUUCAUAGGGCUAUCAAGGAAGGCGUUAAUGUUAAGGGAUACUUUGCAUGGUCAUUGUUGGACAACUUUGAGUGGUCCUCAGGUUUCAGUGUUCGAUUCGGACUCAACUUUGUAGACUACAAAAAUGGGAAUAAAAGAUACCCUAAACAUUCUGCCCGUUGGUUCAAGAAUUUCCUUAAGAAGUAGACACGAACUAUGCUCAAAUUAUGAACUAUCUAUUAGCAUUGGACAGUCUCCAAACAAUAAAGCAAAGAUAAUUUCUUCUCCA